AUGGCUAAAUCCCAACUCUCCAAACACCUAUCUCCGACUGUCAAUGAAACAUCAUCCCUUUGGCUAUUUCCAACCAUAACCUUGAUCCUUCAGAAAACGUUAAACUCUCAGCCAAAUACUAAACCUCAGGAUCUUUCUGGUAUUCUUAAUCAAUUCUCACACCAUUUGAUACCCAGAUUGGUCACCCAAUUUAUCAACCAUCUAGCCAACCCUUUCCAUGCCCUCCAUUUCUUCAACUGGUCUUCAAACUUAAACCCCAACCCUAACAACUAUUUCCACACCCAUUUUUGUCACAUUGCCAUUACUGAUAAGCUCCUUUCUAAUAAACUGUUUACCUUAGCCCAAAAUUUGCUGGAAUCCCACAAUCGAUUUUCUCAUUUUAUGGUGGAAAAAUUUAUCAAAUCGAGUGGUGACCUCGGUCAUUUUAAAUGGGCCUUUAAGCUUUUCCAUCAUAUGAUUAAAGAGGGUAUUGUGAAACCUGGUGUUAGUACUUAUACUACAAUGACCAAAGGUUUCUGGCAGGGCUAUUGUGCUGCUGGGAGAUCUGAUGAGGCUAUUGAACAUUUCAAGGAGAUGGUUAAAUUGGGAUUGGAGCUUGAUCAGAAAUCACAUAUGCCCUUGAUGGGUGUCUCUCCUAACUUCCUAUCCUAUAACGCUGUGAUUAUUGGUCUUGCGAGAGCUCACGGAAGGACGUGUGAUGUAGAGAUGCUGGUGAAUGACAUGCUUCAAAAUGGUCAAAGGAUGGAUGCUACUUUAUACAGUCACAUAAUCUUGGGAUAUUGUGAAGAUGGAAGCCUUGAUAAGGCAUUGAAGGUUUUCUUGGAAAUGAUCGAUGAGAAUUACACGAUGAAUCUUGAGUUCUUUGAAGUAAUUUCCAAGCGAUUGAUUGCGAUAGGGAAGUCAUUUGAGAUUGAAAAUCUCUUUGAUACGAUAAAACAAAAAUGUGGCGUAACUAAUAUAUACGAUUAUCAGAAGAAGCACUCAAGAUCAAGAAUUGAUGCUGGUCAACAAGAAGAUUUUUCACCGCUGAUUGUUCGUAAAGAUGAGAAGCCGUCAGUACCGUUGAAGCAAACUGAGUCUACAAAAGCCCAUGGGGUUCCAUCUCAAAAUCAUUUGGCUAUGAAGUAG